AUGCGUUCCCAUCUCAUUCUCGCUGCCGCGUCUCUUGCGGUGGCCUCUCCUGCACCGCAGGCUUUCGAUGUUAAUCUGUUCAACAACAUCCCCAACAACGCCCCUCAGGGCCCUCCAGCAGGUGUUGUCUCCAACAAAGCAUAUGACGAUACCAAGGCUGUAGUUGAUGCGGCUGCCAAGGCUUCUGGUCCUGCGACUGCGCAGCUUGCGAAGAAGAGCGCCAUGCCAGACCUUGAGCGCCGUUGGGGCAGCAGCUGGAACAACUGGAAUUGUGCUUUGCCUCCUGCCAACGAGCCGUCGACCAACAUGGCCCCAUCUUCCUGCACUCCAGUUAGCUGGACUAACACUUUCGCUUUCACCGCUGCCCCGGGUUGUGCUACCGAUAUUGAGGUUGGUACCUACUGUGGAUUUAUCAACCCUGAAGACCCGUGCGCUGCUCAGCCCAACGCCUACGGACCUCAUGUCACUCCCGACACUGCUGAUGCCUUCCAAAACGACGCUGCUCUGCACGAGCUUGCUAUUUCUGCCAAGACUCCUUCCGGCUACACCAAGGCUUUCACUGACCUGAGCGCCUCGGUCUCUGGUAGCGGAUACCUGGGGUACUACGAACUCACUGCCUACGACCCUGCUACUUGCGCCGCCAAGUGCGAAUCGACCAAGUCCUGCACUGGCUUCAACGUCUUCAUUGAGCGUGAUCCUCAGUUCAACCCCCGCCAGUGCUCUUGCACCUCGCCUCCCUCCGUCACCCGCUUCAAGUGCUCUCUCUGGGGCCAGGACGUCACCACACAAUCUGCUACCAACACCGGUCAGGACCAGGAUGGAUUCCAGGUCAUCAUCAUUGGCUCCAACGGUUACAACAAGCAGACCUACACUCCUCCUAACCCUCCUUCUUGCAGCAGGCCCCAGUCUUGCGGCACUGGCCUCAUCAACCAGCAGCCCUACUGCAUGGGUCAGACCACCAUCCCCGGUCCUUUCAACCCUUCGCUCUGCGCUGCCUACGCCCAGAAGCAGAACCAGGUCAACAGACAGACUGGCCUCAUGGGCACGUUCCUGUCCAUGUUCGGCAUGAACAAGGGAGGAUGUGUCCAGUUCCAGGCCGCCUACCUCGAGAAGGGUGGUGUUGGCUUCGGUACUCAUUGCCGUCUCUUCACUAAGAAGUUUGCUCCUUCCAACGUCAACCUCGACAUCAAGGUCUCGACCAACUCCCAGUGGGGCUGCCAGAAGUCCUACCUCUGGGACGUCGAUGUCAACGCCGACUUCACCUGGGGCCGGUAAAUCAUCGCCAGAAAAAGAAGAAUCAGAAAUUCUGGCUGCUCCCUCACUCUCUCACACUCUCUCUCGCUAUCUCUCCUCUCGUACGCAAGAAUCAAACGACUAAUGUCUUACAACUCCAUGGCGGCGGGACCCGAGAAGCCUCUCUCCCCGCGCGCGCGGACCCGCGAUCGAUCGAUCGGAAAAUGGUGGAUGUUAAUGAGU